CAAUGUGGUGAGAACAUUUCCUGCUAGCUGGGAAACCCUCAUAACAGCAAGAAAAAGAUAGUAUUCAGUGAAGCAGAUUAUAAUUGAGAAAAUAAUUUUUCCUCGCUCUAUUUCAGAAAAACGUGGUAUUGCCAUUUUCAAUGUGGGAUUUGCAUCGAUGUUUUUUUAUCAGGCAUGGUUCGUCAGGCGCAGGUUAAAGGUCAACAGUCUGCCAUCUGCAGGAAGAAGACAGAAGUACAGCAACACCUUUCAAACACUAUCCUGUGCUCUUCUUCACUGAGUGUGCGACAGUGCCCCUGCUCCUUGUCCGUAUCCAAAUCCUUUGGGACCAAAGUUUUUUCCGUAACAGGCUGUUGGAAAGAAAGGAAAAUGCAGCUUGAAGGGAUAAACAUGAGGAGUCAUUCUACUUGGUUCCGCCCCACAAGACCACCAAUGAAAGCCGGUCUAACACAAGACAAAGGAAUGUUGGAGGCAGGACAAUGAGAGAGGAGCACAGAAGAUGGUGGGAGCUUCAAAAUUUCACAAUGUGAUGACAGUUCCAAUAUGAAGUAUGUAAAAACAGGAGAUGAGGAAAAAAAGCUUCCUGUCUCGAUGAAUGGCGAGGCGCUGCGGACCAAUGAGAUGGCAGCGGUGAGGAUGCAACAGUGAUCCAGGAAAAAACACCCCAUUGUUCCUGGGACGUUCGUGGAAGUGUGACCUCCCUCCUGCCGGCUCUGUGCGCUCAUUGAACGGCUCACUGAAGGACCCCACUGACAGUAUGAGUGGGGGAGUCAAUGUGAAGACAGCCCCCCGGGCUCUCGCCUCGUCAGGAAUCCCCCUCCCACGCAGCCUGUUGCCGUCUUCCCCCAAAGCAGAUACCCACCGUCGGGCUACUGACCUGCCCAGGCCCUCAACACGGACCCCCAAACAGACACCCACGCAUACUCCCACACACACACCCUUGCAUUCUCCCUUACUUUGCCCAAGGAGCUCCAGCAUCCCCGGGCCUCUCUCCAGGGACCCCGGCCUGAAAAGUCAGCUUUUCAAGCGGACGGGCGCUCUCCCUGCUCCCCAGGUGUCCCGCUCUGCCUACAGCAGCCCAUCAAACCAGCGCAGGGUGCUGCCAGCUUACUCGAAAGACACACUGGAUCUAGCAAAACCUUCACCUCACAUCUCCUCACAGCUUCCACAUGAUGGAAAUCGCAACAGUAAUGCUUUCACCAAUCAGAACCAAACAAUGGGAGCUUGCAACAGCAACCUGCAACCGCCACUCCAGUUCAGAAAAGGGGACAACUCCAAUGUGUCCGUAUCAACAAGUGAGGCCUUGCCUCCAAGAGAGGAAGAACCCCCAGAGAAUCAACUACCCAAGUCCAUGGGGUUAAACAUAAGUAACCUCCACCCCUGUCUCACAGAGAUGAGAUAUGAACACACAACUAGAGGUCACUGUGACUCCACCAGCCAAUCAGAUGAGGAGAUGGGUACCCCUGAGGAUAGUAGCCCCGCCUCCUCUCCUUUCCCCAUGCCGCUGCCAAUGAUCAAUUUCACCAUGCCAGUGAAGUCUAAAGUGGCUGUCAAUAUGCAGGAUCACAGCCUUGACGUGGAGGCCACAUCCACAGAGACACACACACCCAGAGUCAACAUGGCUACUGUGGCUCCUUUCAGCUACAGGGUGCAGGAGUUUGAGUGUGAUUAUUCAGUUGAUGACCUGAGUGACUGCUCAUCUGGAUCCAUAGAAGUCUGCUGUGAUGACCUAAUACCAGGAGGGAUGCUGGAGGCUAAUGUGGCUAACAUUAGCAUGACGGCUAAGCCCAGAGAGCUGGACCUGAGGUCUGCUUCUGCUGCUUUCUCCUGCCAGGAAACUCCAGCCCAAGCAAUGGCCUCAAGGAAGUCCUCAACCAAGCCAUCCUCUCUCCCCCAGGGACCCACACGUCCCUCUGGGGGAUCAGAGCUCAAGGUCUACCGACCCUCCUCUGGAUCUAUCCCCAUACCUGUCCCCAAUCCAACUGGCCUCCGCAAGCAGCGAUCGCUUAGCAACCUGUAUGUGCUCACCGAUGCUGAGAAGAAGCUGCACCUCUAUCAAUCUCCCCGAUGGAAUGACGAUGCCAGCAGGCCUGGCACUGGAGCUGGCACAAACAAGCCAGGCCAGACUAAGACCGUUCUUGCCGGGGGUGGGCGAACACCACUUUCCCGGACACUCUCAAAGUCAGAACAGUCUCUCUUCCAGGGGAAACCCAAACCUUUCUGCUCUCCAUCUGUGACUCCUAAUGUAAGCAAGCCAAGUCGGAUCCCUGCCCCUGGUAAACCACGGGGACCUUACGCUGAGGUCAAGCCCAUCAGUAAGGCCCCUGAUGCUGGCCAGAGUACAGACUUAGACCCUGCGGACAAGCCAACUAAAGCUAGCUCCAAUGGAGCUGGGAAUACUGGAAGUAAUGGCAAGAAAGUGGGUGAGAAGGGGAGACCUGCUGCUCUGUCAGCGGAGGAGAAGAAAGAGAAGAAGGGAGUAGAGGGAGAAGGCUUUCUGAAGGUGGACCCAGAGUUAGUGGUGACUGUUUUAGGGGACCUAGAGCAGCUUCUCUUCAGCCAAAUACUCGACCCGGAGUCCCAGCGAAAGAGGACGGUGCAAAAUGUGCUGGACCUUCGACAAAACCUGGAGGAAACCAUGACCAGCCUGAGAGGGGUGCAGCUCAGCCACAGCUGCGUGGAGGGUACCAUGUGCUACGACAGUGAUGAAGCUGCUGCCUUCUCAGUUUCCAGCCUAUCCAAUCGAUCCUCUCCAUUGUCAUGGCGCCAGGGUCAGGCCAGCCCCCGCCUGCAGGCCGGUGAUGCUCCGUCCACAGGUAACACGCAGUUGGAAGUUCCCCUCCGGAUCAGCCACACUGCUCGUAUCCAGCUCAUCGAAGCGCUGGAUGACUCCGAUCCGUCCCUCCUGAAAGGAGAUUACCUCAGCAGCAGCGAUCUUGUCCGGAAGAGCCCAGUUGAGGAUGAAGACGAUGAUGACAUUGAUGAUCUGGGGAAUGGCUGGGACGAGAGCAGCUCCAUCAGCAGCGGUUUGAGCGACGGUUCGGACAACCUCAGCUCCGAAGAGUUCAACACCAGUCCGACUCUCAACUCCCUGCCGACCACUCCCAUCAGCUCCCGCAGAAACUCAGCCAUGGUGAUGCGCACAGAUGCAGAGAAGAGAUCUCUAGUGGAGAGCGGUCUGUCCUGGGACACCGACGACGCCAAACCCAGCCGCAAGAGCCAAGGCAGUGGCAUCUACGACACAGGAAGUCUCAAGUCCGAGUCGGCCAAUAAAUGGAAAAAGACUCGUACGCAUGGGGAGGGGCUGGAAGGAGGGAAGGGGGAGCUGAAGAAACCACAGACCCUGGGUCAGGGGCAUGUGUUGAAGAAAGGAAGACUCCCACCUGUGGGAGUCACAUCCCCGAUCACACACACAACUCAGAGUGGGCUGAAAGUGGCAGGUUCACUAAAGUCAGACGGGAAGCCAAUGGAUAAAUCUCGGUUAGCGCUGAAGACCUCUGGCCUGCAGCGCUCCUCUUCUGAUGCGGGUAAAGAGCACAGGAAUGGUACCAGUGGGGAGCAGCGUAAACCUCCAUCCGGCCUGGUCAGGCCUUCAACUGGUGGAAACUUUGGCUUCAAAAAGCCACACACAGCUAAUGGCACGAACAACUCCAGCGCAAUCGCUGUCACUGGUACAGGUGGCAGCUCCAUACCCUGCAACUCAGCAGCUGUGGGGAAGAUUCCCAAAACAUCUGGUAUUCCUGUCAAACCACUGUCCGGUGGUGGAGGUAGUGGUGGUGGUGGUGGUGGUGGAGGUGGAGGAGGAGGACGAAAGACAAGUCUGGAUGUUUCAAACAGCGAUCAAAGCGGUUUUCUAUCUCCAACUGCCAGGACGUCUCUCCAGUACCGCUCUCUGCCUCGCCCUGCAAAGACCAACACCCUCACUCUGACCCGGCCUAGCUCAGCCCGUCCUGUGAGCACCACCAUGGACGCAGGCUCAGGGCUGAUGAAACCCUCCGCAACAACACCCCAGGGCUCUAGGCUAAAAGAGCCCUCCUCGGGACACGGUGCUGGAUCAGGGUUGAGUAAGUCCGGAGGCCGUGGGAUCCCCAGCCCAGGUCCUGUCAACCAGACGGACAGGGAGAAAGAGAAAGAGAGGGCCAGAACUAAAUCUGUAGUAUCUGAUUCUGAGUGUGGAGGCGGGUCACUGAAAGGCAGCCCUGCUCAGACUCCCUCUGAGAACGGAGGGAAGAUGCAGGGGCUGAGACCUCCAAGCAGCGUCAAGAGCAUGGAUCUGCCCUCACCCAACACACACAGGUUAUCUGGAGUGCGCAGUCUGGCUAAACCUCCAUCCAUGGUCCAUCUGGACAAGCUGAACUCCAGCAGCCUAGACUUAGUAGUCCACGACUCCCUCCCACCCAAGAUCCCUCCUUACUCCAAGCUCCAGGACCUGGCCUGCUCCACUGGUCCCUGCCUGACCCCAAGCCCCGCCCCUUUACUCAACGUGAACUCCUCUGCCUGCUUCUCUAGCUCCGGCACAGGUUUGGGACCCAGGCAGGUCUCUUCUCUGGGAGUUGAAGUGAGUGCAGGGAGCACCUCUCCUCUCAUCUACCCUCGUCUGUCUGGGCUCCAUCGCAGCAUGGAGUCACUGCCGCUCCACAUGAGUCUGGCCCCAGAGCCGAAGGAGAAGGAAAGGGAGAGCUUGGUGCGAGGCUACACCACCUUAGAGUCCCGGGACAAAAAUAGGCAGGAAGACAGAGGCCCUCCUGCCAGCUGGAGCUCUGGAAGUAAAAUCUCAAUGUCUCUGAUUGACAGCUCUCAGAGAGACAGAAACACGUUGCCAAAGAAAGGUUUAAGUUUCAGCGGUGCCCCCCAAGCUGAGGAUGAAGGGAAGGAAAAAGGAGAGAGGAGACACUCCCACACUAUCCUCAGUAUGACUGACUCACUCACUCUCCCUCUGCUGUCCUCCCCCACCUCCCUGCCCCGCACCUCUAAGACCAGUAUGGUACCCAGCCCGGUCGGUGGACCCCCGAGAAUGACUCGAUCCAACAGCAUCCCAACACACGAUGCCUCCAUGGAGCUGUACGGAGCAUCUCCGCUGGGCAGCACGCUGUCUCUGGCUGACCGGCCUCGCAGCAUGGGAAUGAUUCGCUCUGGAUCCUUCAGGGACAAGGAGCAGGAUGAAGUACAUGGCUCUGUACUCUCCCUGGCAUCCAAUGCCUCAUCAAGCUACUCCUCCGUGAGUGUGGGCGGCAUACAGACUCAGCAAAUCCGUAAGCUGAGGAGGGAGCUGGAAUCAUCCCAGGAGAAGGUGUCAAACCUGACAACUCAGCUGACGGCAAACGCAAAUCUGGUGGCCGCCUUUGAGCAAAGUUUGGAAAUGAUGACGACUCGGCUGCAGAGUCUGUCAUUUAGCCACGAACAGAAGGACUCUGAGCUGAUGGAGCUGAGGGAGACCAUCGAAGCUCUGAAGACCAAGAACGAUGAAGCCCAUGCUGUCAUACAAGGAGCUUUAAACACGCCAGAUAACCUGACAGACGUGCAAAUUCGACGUCAGAACUCCUGUGAGAGCAUCUCCAGUCUCAACAGCCUGACCAGCAUGUCGAGCGUGGGCAGCUAUAAAGACCAAGAUGCCAAGAAGAAGAAGAAGAAGAGCUGGCUGAGGAGCUCCUUCAACAAGGCAUUCAGCAUUAAGAAAGGCACGAAAACAUACUCGGACAUCGAGGAAAUCGCCACUCCAGACUCCUCGGCUCCUAACUCCCCAAAGAUGAGUCACGAAGGGGGAGAAGGAGGAGAAGGAGGAGAAGGAGGAGAAGGAGGAGAAGGAGGAGAAGGAGGAGAAAACCUGUCUUCAUCUCUGAAAACCUCGGCCUCUGCCACCUCUUCUGUGAUCAUGGAGAUUACAGAAGAAGGAGACAUCGAGGAAACAGCGGUAUCAGAGUUACGCUCAGAACUCUGGGUAAAAGAGAGAGAGCUGACAGACAUCCGAUUGGAGGCGUUAAGCUCUGCACAUCAGCUGGAGCAGCUCCGAGAAGCCAUGACCAACAUGCAGUCCACGGUGGAGAACCUGAAGACGGAGAAUGACCAUUUGAAAACAGGAAGUCAGCCUAAUCUCCCUGGCUCUGGCCCCACAUCUUCCACGUCCCAGCCCUCAGGCCUGGCCUCACUCCUGGGACCUUCCCUGAGGCAGCCGAUGAGCAUGUCCCUCACCAAGUCCUUCAGCCUCAGCCUGAAUGACUGUAAAGAUCCAGACUUGUCUCCUGUUGAGACGCUAAGUGUGUCUUCUCAGCUGGAUGAGAUGUCUGCACGAGUACUGGUACACAUUGGAGAUCAACCAGAGGACAGUAAACAACAACAGGACUUCUACCUGGGCUCAGUACCAAUCAAUGCGAGGACAGACUGGGGCUGUCUGGACUCUCUCAUAGCCAAGACCUUCAAGGACUACCUAACUCAAGUGGACCCUACAUCCAGCCUGGGUCUUUCCUGUGAUUCGCUGCACAUGUACCAGCUGACACAAGGAGGGCAGAGAGUGAUUGGUGGAGAUAAACCUCAAACGUCACCAUAUCGUUGUCUCAGCAGCGGUUCAGCUCGAAUAUUGGUCACCCUGAAAGGUCUCAAAGAGAAAUGUGUCGACUCGCUGGUGUUCGAGACUCUGAUUCCUAAGCCGAUGAUGCAGCACUACAUCAGCCUGCUGCUGAAGCACAGACGUCUGGUUAUGUCUGGGCCCAGCGGGACAGGAAAGACUUACCUGGCUCAGCGUCUGGCCCACUACCUCCUGCAGCGCAGCCAGAGCGACUCGCCAGAGACCGAACACGAGCCCCUCAUAGGUCGCAGCGCCGCCGUCACCUUCAACAUGCAUCGUCAGACGCAGAAGGAGCUGCAGUUGUAUCUGUCCAAUCUAGCCAACCAGAUUGACAGAGAGAGCGUAGGAGAGCUGCCACUGGUUGUUUUGAUAGAUGACAUCAGCGACUCCGCAGCAAUCACUGAGCUGGUUAACGGAGCGCUCACCUGCAAGUAUCAUAAAUGUCCUUACGUCAUUGGAACAACCAAUCAACCUGUGAAGAUGUCGUCCAACCACGGACUGCACCUCAGCUUCAGGAUGGUGACGUUCUCUAAUAAUGUGGAGCCUGCCAACGGGUUCCUGCUAAGGUACCUGCACCGUAAAUCUGUCGAGGCCUACCAGGAGAAGGAUCAUGAUGCAGCGCGCCAUCAAGCCCUCCUACGCGUACUAGACUGGGUCCCUCAGCUCUGGUAUCAGCUGCACGCUUUCCUGGAGAAACACAGCACUUCAGACUUCCUCAUAGGUCCCUGCUUCUUCCUGUCUUGUCCUGUAUCAGUGGCAGAGUUUAGACAGUGGUUCAUUGACCUCUGGAAUCACUCCAUCAUACCGUACCUGCAGGAGGGAGCCAAAGAUGGCAUCAAGGUGCACGGGCACAAGGCAGUAUGGGAAGAUCCAGUGGAGUGGGUGAGAGGGACUCUCCCAUGGCCCAAUGCACAGCAGGAUCAGUCCAGGCUCUUUCAUCUACCUCCCCCCAGCAUAGGUCCACCCGGUGAGGAGAAGAAGCUCCCAAAAGACACACCUCCACCCAGCACACUGGAGUCAGACCCACUGAUGGCCAUGCUGCUGAAGCUCCAGGAGUCCGCAAACUACAUCGAGUCUCCAGAGCGGGAAGGCUGUCUGGAUCCCAUGCUGCAGGCUACACUCUGAGGAGAAAGUUCAACUGUCAGUCAAACUGUGGAACUAUGAACCCUUUUCUUACGGCUGGCACAUCAAGUGCGCUCCCAAAGAGACUUCAAAGACUCAGCGGUGGAUUCUGUUGUGUGCUCAGUGAGCAGCAAAGCUUCAAAGUGUAAAGGAUCUACAGAGAGAGAGAGAGAGAGAUUAUGGUUGAAGGGUUUGCUCAGUCCUGCUAUCAGGACUUACAAAAAGACAGUUUUAAGUCCUUUCAUCAGAAGCUGUGAUGAUCACGUCAGGGGAAGACUCGUCUGUUCUCCGCCCUCUUCUUGCUCCGGAUGGGUUGUUGUUGAAUCUGCAAGUGCAUGGUAACCUGAGUAAUUUGAUGCAAAAUAUGACAUAUAAUCCUAACGAUCAAAACCAUUCUUCUCUGUUCAUGUGUUUCCUUUUUUCAGGCCAUCAUUUUCCAAACAACUAUUGGUGCUUACUGUUCUGGUUUUCUUUGAAGGUGCAUGCCUCGUUUCAAAAGUAAUUCCUCAAAAGUGACAUCAUCACUCGACAACAGCCAAAAAUGCACUUUAUUUUCUACUCAUGGUAAUUGGAUUUUCAGAGGCUGUGUCGGUGACUUUGUGUCAAACAACAGGAUGAUCAGUUUGAGCAGUUCAUUAUGAAUUCCUCUAGAUGGCAGCAUCUUCCUUUUUCCUGCCUCUCCUGCUGCGCAAUCUCGUCAAAGGUGCUCGGUAAAGAAUACAACACACUGCAACACAACCGUGACAAUGGCCUUGAAUGUUCUUUUUUUCUUCGGUUCAGACAUCCUUUCAUUCAUAAAUUGAAUGUGAGAACUGUAGGAGCAACAUGCAUGGUUAGAAAUAUAGUGAAAUAGAGAAUCAGUUUCGGGUCGGUUUGUAAGGAACUGGACUCUGUAGCCACCAGAAACACUCCUACUCAACAUCCAGUAUUGUCACAUGGGGAACUAAAAUGCUUGUGUAUCCACAGGACUACCAUUUCUUGCUAUGCUUGCUUCUAUUCUGUAUUUAGAUACUGGUUUUAACACACAGAAUCUCUUGUGAUAGAUGAGGACACAGCUUUGAAAAUGUUGAUUUUGUAGGAUUUUAUACUGAGUCAUCUUCAGAUAUCAUCUACCAACACAGACACUUAAUAUGCCAUCUUCAUUAGAGGCAGAGGAGUUACAAGUUUGUCGUUACUGUAUCAUUUUUCAACACAAAGAUAAAAAAAAGAACAACACAUGAAGCAUUUUCCUCCACCUUGCAUUUGCUUUUUAUAUCUUUGAUAACAUCCCAUUAUUUACAGUGUAGAUAUCAUUUUCCUUUUCGCACACUUUCAGAGGAUACUGUCAAAGUAAGGGCUGAUGAAAGGUUGAUACUCAUCUUUAAGUGGCUUCCUCCUGUUCCUUCCCUUCAUUUGUUUGCACAUAAUAUAUGUUAGAGUACUAGAUGACAGAGUAUUUAUUGCUCAUAUCUUUUGACUGUUCUCGGGACGAAGGAAAAAGGCCGUAAAGGAAGGUCUUAGAGAUAUUCUUAAACCUCUCAGCCCUAACCCCUACACCCUGAAGUACCUCAGACUGCCAUAUUCUGCCCAGAUGUUCCUCUACUUUUCCAAACAGGGUGCUGGUGUAAAGUAGAGACAUGAUGCCUACUUCUAACUGUGCCUGAAUCACAAUUUGGCCUGAAGCUGCUCUGAGCUGCUUUCAACUACCACACAGAGGCCUCCAUUUAGAGGAAACAUCAUCUUCCUCUCACCUACUCUGAUAUCACUUAAAUGUCAACACCUUGAUGCUAACAUUAAGGUGCAGAGUGGGUAAUUUAAGCCUGACCUUUGGCUGGUGAUGAGCUGUUGUUCAGCUGGUGUUUGUGUAGAUAAGAAUGUGGGCUGCUUGUGUGCAGUUUAUCACCAUUUUUAAAUCCUAAGUGUCAAAGAUUUGACAUCUUUGCAGAGUUUCCUGGGAGUUGGAAGCAGAUGUGAUGUUCAUGCAGGUAUCCUUAAUGUGUUUCCCAAAGUUUUCUUUUCAUUGGACCUAUCACACUUAAACCUUAUCAUGGGAGGGAUUUUUUGAUAACUGGAUAUCUUCCUCUUUUUCAUUUUGAAGAGCAGACAUUUGUUUCUUUCUUAUGCAAAUAUUUGUAAAGGUUUUUUUCCUCUUUUGUACAUGACAUCACUAUUGUAAACACUGUAAAUAGUGCAUCUGCGACAACAAUCAUUAAAAAAACAUGUCUAUAUCGAGAUCCAAGAGAAGGCGUACCUGUGAGGAGAACGCGGGCGUCCUGGGUGGAUUUAUUGUCUUCCUCUUGUAGGAAGGAGCACUUGGCUUAAAAGGAGGCCUAAGAAUGGUUUUAUGGCAUGUCUCUAUAACCACAUUAAAUCCCAUAUGUCUAACAUUGAGCAAAGGACACAAUAAAGUCAUGCCAUUCUUCACAUCA